CUCCAGUGGCCCGACGAAGAUAUCAAUCUCGAUGAGGUUCUGACCAACGUCUUAUCGUACUGGUUCACUGACACAAUGCCUCGGUGCAUCUACACAUACCGAGUGACUUUUAUCAACGGUCAUAAAUACUUUAUUUCCCGCAUCAACAAACCAUUUGGAUACUCCUGGUUUAUACGUGAACUUGCUUUGGGGUCAAGAAAGGUGGUUUAG